AUGAAUGCCGUGAUGGAGGAAAACACGAGAUUGAGUGACGAUUAUCCCGAGGAGUCCGGAGAAUAUUCGCCUCCUGAAAGCAAACGAAUGAAACUAGAUGACGGGUGCAACAAUAAUUUAAACAGUACGCUGAACAGUGAAUCAAAAAAUGGGCGAAGGUGGUCAUACCGUGGCGACACGAGCCUCGUCGAGCCAGAAGUACUGGUAGACCUGGGAGUUAGCAUGCUGGAUGACGAUGCAAGUUUGGAAAGUUUCAAAAAACCGUUGGAUCAAGACUCUUACCACUCAGAAGAUCCAGCUGUGUAUAGUACCACGGGUAACGAGUCUGGUUAUUCGUCGCGCAUUGGCAAUGAAGUGUUUGCAGACAAACAGAAUUACAGUAAAAAUGAGUCGAGUAGUUUGUUGAACACGAGCGACGCAGAUCAGUAUUAUCUGUUCAGGCGAAAAAAAAGACCCUCUAUUGUAGGUGAAGAUGAGUUCAACAAACUGUCCGAUGAGAUGGUGUUGAUGAUAUUCAAAUGGCUACCAAAGAAGUGCUUGGUGCGUUCGAUGUCAGUCUGCAGACGGUGGUGCCAAAUAGCUAGAGAUGAGGCUCUGUGGACAAGGCUAGAUCUCAGCAGCAAGGUCCUCGCCGAGGGUACUCUAGGACACAUUUUGCCGCGUGGAGUCCAAAUUCUUAGGCUGGCUCAAGCUGAACUGUCCAGUCCGUUAUUUAGUCCUGGAUCAUUAGUCCUGUGUGAGGAUUACUCCAGUAAAUUACAGUAUCUGGAUCUUUCAAUGGCUGUUAUUUCUCCGGAUGGUCUCACAGAUCUUAUUGAUAAUUGUCGACUGUUGAAGAAGUUGUCACUGGAAAAGUGUACGUUGAAUCAAGCCAGUUGCGAAGCUAUAAGUAAAAAUAAUGAUAUUAAUACUCUUAAUUUAACUAUGUGCGAAGAACUCGAUUUAAGUGAUUGUACAUUGCUCACAAUAAUUUCCGUCCAAAGUAUUUUGAGUCUCUCGAAGCUCGAACAUUUAUCACUAAGCCGCUGCUACAGUAUUUCACCUUCUUCAUACGUAAGACUCGCCUACAUGCCGUCACUCAGCUUCCUGGAUGUGUUUGGCUUGAUGUCAGAGCCGAUGUUCAAAAAUUUACAAAAUAAUUCGUCUGGUACUGAAAUAAAUAAAUUUUUAUACAGUUCUAUUGCGAGACCCACUGUCGGCGUGCGUAGAACAAGCAUAUGGGGUCUUCGCGUAAGAGAUUGA